AGGAUAAGUACAAGCAGAGGGUCCAUGUGCCCAACAUGACAUCCCUGAGGAUCGAGAACUUGACCCAAGAGGACAAUGGGUACUACCGAGGUCGAGCCAGCUUCACUGGAGGACUGGAAUCUAGCCAGAUUUUCCACCUCACUGUCUAUGAGCCAGUGCCCCAUCCCCAGAUCCUGGUCCAGACACAGUCCAUCACAGCAGGCUGGUGCAACAUCACCCUGGAGUGCAGAGCUGGGGAGGUCACAGAGGACCUGAAUGUGACCUGGGUGAGCAAGGGCCUCCCCAGGGAGCUGGAGCAGAGGGGGACACCGGGACCAGCCCCCAACUCCUGGACCCUGAAUGUGAGCCUGCCUCUGAGCCAGCCCAAUGCCAACCUCACCUGUGUGGUCAGCAACACUGAGGACCAGAAAACUGUCACCUCAGCCCUUGGAGAGGUCUGUGCCUGUGAUUCAUGUGGACAGGCAAUUGCUGACCCCCUGCGAGCCAUCCUAGGGACCAUCGUGGCCGUGCUGUUGAUCCUCGGGGCUGGAUUAUGCCUAUUGAAGGCCAUUGGAAAGAAGACGAUGGAAACUGGAAGAGAGUGACAGUUCCCUCUCCCUAUUCCUUGCUUCCAUUCCUGCCUGUUGAAAUACUACCAUCCUGCUGAAACCUCCCUUCUAAAUCACGUGUUACAUGGAUCCUGCCUGGUUCCCAAAGGUUUGGAAAUGGUCAUUCCUACAUUUAACUUUUUCAAAUACCUUGGACAUAACUAAGGCCACUGCCACAGUCUGCUCUGGAUUAGUCAUGAAUCUUCUCUACUGGACUAACCUGGGGCUCCCUCAGGAGGGUGUUGAGGUUGUAGGAGGCCAGGAUCAACAAGACAACCACCUCUCUCUGUGAAGGGUCUUGGCCACCUUUCCUCCCACAACGGCUCAGCAGACUGAGGCCAUGAGCACAGAGGCGCUGAAGGUCUUUCUGGUGGUGGGUCAACAUGGAAGCAAGGGUGGACAUGAUGACCUCCCGUGACCCUGCCAAUGACCUCUCAUGACUCUCCCUGGUCCAGAGAUCUGAAGUGGGGACUUCCUCACCCUAACUCCAGCCUCACAUGGCUUGAGGACCUCAUGAAGCCUGCACUGAGGUGUGCGAGAGCUUCUCCCUCCACGGGGGUCCUCACCUCCUCAAAGCCUCAGCCUCCUGCCUUGGAUCCCAGCUCUUGGGUCAUGAUGGUCUCACUGAUACUUUGAACUGUGGUAUCUGAUAUGCUGGCCUAGAUUUCUGGUCUCUUGGUUCCCUUCCCAGCUCGGCUCAGCUCAGCUGCUUCAUCCCUGACCUCAGAAAGCAAAGUUAUGAGCUAUAGGCUUGAGCAUUAGCAAGCAAUGCUAGGAGCCUGCUGAAUGGUGCAUGGAUAAGGGAAGAGUAGGUGGAUUCAUAAUAAGGCUGUUUCUGACAUCUUUUCCCUUAGGCUGAGCAGAAAGCUGAGAGAGAAAAAGAUGACAUCUCCUCACUGGCAUCCCAGGUGACCGGUUAUGGUUGGGUGUCAAUGCCCAUCAAUCUAGGAGCAGUGACCACCCAUUAACCCUUCCCAUCCCACCUAAAGCAGGGAAUGAAAAAAAGGAAAGGAACUGGAAUUUCCAAGCCUAUAGUGAACAAGGUUUUGUCCUUUGUUAUUAGUGUCACUGAGCUGAUUCCAACUCCUGGAGACCUUAUGUAUGGCAGAGCUGAACUCUGCCUGGUCUUCUUGCACCAUCCUCUCAUCUUGUGGCACUGUAUCAGGCAAUGCUCUACUGCUAUUCAUGUUGUUUUUGUGGCCGUUUUUUGGGUGUAGGUGGCCUGGUCCUUCUUCCUAGUCUGUCUUAGUCUGGAAGACCUGCUGAAACUUGCCUACCAUGGGUGACUCUGCUGGUAUUUGAUAUACUGGUGACAUAGCUCCCACCAUCACAGCAACACAUAGCCACCGCAGUAUGACAACCAACAGACAGCUGGUGUGGUUCCGUGACCUGAAAACAAACUUGGGCCACAGUGGGUAGAGCGCUGAAUCUUAAGCACUAGACCAACAGGACUGGCAUCUUUUUCUUAAGAAUUUUACUAAUAUUAUUUCUUCUAAUUCUUUCAAGAACUCUCUACAGUAGAUAUUAUUAUGCCCAUUUUGCAGGAUACAUAACCAAUGUCCCAAACUAGCUGGUGGUAGAGCAAAGCUUUAAAUCUAACUCUGGAUGAUAUCAGCAUUCACAUCUUACCCUUUACCACAUGGUUGUUGAAGAACUUGGAAUCCUGGAAUAUUCUGAUGGUAAUAUCCUCCAUUUGUUCCUCUCCCAAGGAUCCUGGUCUUCUGAAUCAGAUGCCCCAACUUGGGAUGAGGUAAUCCUGAUGAUGGAUGAAGCAGUUGAUGGUUGAAAGAGAAAUCGUUCCUUAAGUGGACAAUGAGGCCUUGGUGGGUGGAAGACAUGGAAUGAGAGACCUUGCACUCUGGCGCAGAUGAGAUGAAGUGUUGCUUUUCCCUCUUCAGUCUUGUGGGAGAUCUUUGCUCUCAUAUAAGAUGUUUUGUGUAUUUCAGUAUCCCCAUCCUCAAAGCAGCUCCCUUGGGCAUUAUUAUUCCUAACUUCAUUCAAUAGGUUUUACAUAAGUCUCUCAUUUAGACCUUCAACAAAUCUACAAGGCAGAAAUCACCAUUGUACUGAUGGAAAAAUAAAAUCCAGAGAUGUUAAGUACCUCACAAAAGUUCUCCCAAGUAUAAGUGAUGUAGGAACGAUUUGGUUCCACGGGAGAUCAUAAUUUCACUCAUUUUGCCUCUUCUCCCUGAUCCAAGACGUACAAUCAGUUACCAUCUUCCAUUGGGUUAUCCUUCAUAAUGCAUCUUGUAUUCCAUCCUCCUCUCAUUUUCUUUUAUUCCUACCUUCCACCUGCAGCUGCACCAUUUUUACAUUUCCGCCAGCAAUGUAUGAGGAUUUCUCCACAUCCUCUCCAACUCUUACUAUUUUUUGAUUACAGUCAUCCCAGUUUAAGUGAAGUUGUAUCUCAUUGUGGUUAUGAAUUGUAUUUCUUUAAUGAUUAAUGAUGUUAAACAUCUUUUCAUGUGACUAUUGACCAUUUGUAUACCUUAUUUGAAGAAAUUUCUUUCUCUCAAAUUUUCUCUUGUGACGCAUUGCCUCCACCCCUCCUUUGAAUCUGCUCUUGUCCAGGUCAUCGGGAAACUCCACGUUGUUGAAUCCAAUGGUCAAUUCUCAGUCCUCAUUUCCGGUGAAUUCUCAGCAACAAUGGACCUUUACUUCAUUGAAACACUGUCUUCACCUUGCAUUCCCCACUCACCAUUCUUGUCUUCCUACUCAAUAGUUGCACCUUAGUUUCCUUUAUCAGUUUCUUUCCCAUCUCUCCAAGCUCUAAGUUUUGAAAUAUCCCAGGGUUCAUACCCAGACCACCCAGACCUCUCUUCACUAUCUACACUCAUUCCCUUUCUAAUGUUAUGGCCAUGCACUAAUCCCCGGAACCUGUGACCAUACAACGUUAUGUGGCAAAAGGGACCUACAAGUGUGAUCCCUCCCCUGGACUCCACAUUAUAAAUUUCCAACGGUUUACUUGACACCUCCACUUGCAUAUAUAACAGGCAUCUCCAGCUUGACAUGUCUAAAUUCAAACUCCCCAAACAUGCUGCCCAUACAGUUUCCCAGCCCAAAAAAUGUCACCUCAAUUUUUCCAUUUGUUCUGGCCAAAAACCUGGGUGUCAUCCUUGACUUCACUCUUUUUCUCGUACCCCACACUCUAUCAGCAAAUAUUGAUAUCACUUCAUUCAGUAAACAUAUUCAUAACAAAAUACCUGUCGCCACCCCCCUGGUCCAAGGACGAUCAUUUCUCACAUGUAUUAUUGCAGUAGCCUCAGUUUCUCUACUUUUGUCUUAAUCCCUUAACAUCUGUUAUCAAAAUAUCAUCCAUAGUGAUCUUUUCAAUACCUAAAUUGCAUCCCACUACUCCUUAGCUCAGAACUCCCCCAUGGGUCUACUUUAUCCGCAAGGCCCUGUACCGUCUGACCUUAUCUCUCAUGCUCCUUCCUCCCUUAAUUCAAUCUAGGGCAUUGGGCUUUUUUCCUUACCUUCAAUACACCAUGCAUGCUCCUGCCUCAAAGCCUUUGCUCUGCCUAGAAUUCUCUCCUUCCAGGUAUCUGCAUGUCUCAUUUCCUGACCUCCUUCAGGUCUUUGUGCAAAUGUUAUCUUCUCAGUAAGGUCUACCCUGACCUCCCUAUGUAAAGUUGCAUACUCCUCCAGGUGCCAUCCUCUCUCCUCCAUGCUCUAUUUUUCUUUAUAGUACUUCUAAAGGUUAUGACUCAGGGUGCAUUUAAUCUGGGUUAUAGUUAAAGACAAAUGGGAAUUGAGGCCUCGAAGCAUAAACUGCAAAUCCUAUUAUGCAAAUACCAUUAUUAUUCCCAGAUAACCGCAACACUGAUACGUUAAUGAACUUGCUCCAGGUAACAUAACUAGUAAGUGGCAGAGCUGGGAUUAAAUUUUGGAGUUGGAUUCUAAAGCCCCUGCUCUUGACAACUAUAUACUGUUAAAUAGAGUAUAGUCUAUCCACAUAAUGGAAUACUAUAGAUGUAAUAAGAAAGAUGAAUUACAUCUUUACGUAUUUAAUUGGGAAAUUGUCCCUGAGAUACUAAAUGAGUUAUGGGACAGAAUGUAUAGUAUUAUCCUGUAUUAUAAAUAUAUAUAAACAAGUGCUUACGUCGGCAUAAAGGAAUUCUAAAAGCUGAUAUGUCAAGUUAACAAUGGUUAUCUUCUAGAAUGUGUCUCUUUUUCUGUAUCAUCAGAUUCUCUAUAACACUUAUCAGAAAAAAGAUAUCUAUUAAAGUUUUUGAACGGGGCAGUGACAUGAGCAGAGCUGUGUUUCAGAUAGAUAAAGCCACAUAGGUGCAAACAGGAAGCGUAUCAUCUUGGAAACUCAUUAAGGUAUUUAUGCUCAUUUUCA